UUGGUAUUGCGUCGCAUGCACCCGGCAGACGUGAACCCAUUCCUGUCGUACCGUUCAGACGCGGUUGUGGCUCAGUACCAAGGAUGGGAUCUCAUGACUACUCAGCAAGCAACAGCCUUUAUAAGCACUAUGCAGGCUAUGCACACCCUACAGCCAGAUGGCUGGCUUCAGAUUUCCGUUGCCUUGGCAGAUACGGAUGAACUAUUGGGAGAUAUAGGGCUGCACCUAUUGCCCUGCCAACCAGUGCUGCACCUAUUGCCUUCCCAAUCAGGGCUGCACCCGUUGCCUUCCUCAUCGGCCAGCGUGGAGGUCGGAUUCAGCUUCGCACAAGAGUCGCAGGGCAAAGGAUAUGCCUCCGAAGCACUCAGGGGGUUGAUCAGAAGUCUCAGUAGCAGGCACAGUAUCGAUAGGAUAGAGGCUACCACAGACACGCGCAACACGCGGUGUAUUCAGCUGCUGAAAAAACUUGGUUUUAGUUUGGUGCGCACGCACGAAGCAGUGAUGUUCAAGGGUGAGCUGUGCACGGAAGAAACGUAUGAGAAGCAUGUUGUACCAUGACUACUCUAUUGCCAUGCCAACGCCAGUUAAACAAUUGAAUUCGACGGCCCUUUUACCACAUAGGACGUUUAUUCACACAACGACCGCCUUUACCUUUGUACCGAAAUUCCCCCUUGCUAUCAUAGCUUGUUCAAGCAUUUAAGGGUGUUGUAAAUCGGCACACUUUUAGAAUUUUCGUGAAACCCUAAAGAACGUUUGCAGCGCUGAAUGGUCGCGAAAAGUCGAUAAGCAAUAUAUAGUGAAGCUAAGUUAUCCAGGCGAAAACAAUAGGACCCAAACUAUAGAUAUAACAAAUAUGCUCUUCACUUUAAGAUAGGCAUGACGCUUCCGUUAUCAUACCAACUAAACUAUCAACCUCGGUAAACUAUCAAUAAAC